AAAAUUAAUUAGUUAAUUAGUUUCUUUUAAUUACAUCUCUCAUGGAAAACAAAUCAUGGGUUGGUCUUCUAGUUCUAUGUUUGGCUAUAGCUGUUGUUGGUUUAGCAGAAGCAGGUGUGCCUGCAAUCUUCAUACUAGGGGACUCAACUGCUGAUGUUGGCACCAACAACUUCUUGCCUGGUAGCAUGGCAAGGGCUGACUUUCCCCACAAUGGCGUUGACUUUCCUUUCUCAAGAGCCACUGGAAGGUUCAGCAAUGGCCUUAACAGUGCUGAUUUUCUCUCUAAGCAAUUCGGUCUUAAGAGAAGCCCGCGGCCUUUUCUUUCUCUCAACACUACAUCUCUUCACAAGAAGAGCUUUAGAGGUGUGAACUUUGCUUCUGGAGGGUCUGGCCUUCUUGACAUAACAGGACGAACAAUGCUGACUUUGAUGAAGUUUGGAAAAGAGAGAAUUCCAUUUGGUGCCCCAUUCUUCAAUCGAAAAAAUGUUAUCACAUUAUCAGAGCAGAUACAGCAACUUUCUCUUGUCAAGAGCAAUCUUGCUGCCAUCAAAGGGCAAAGGUUAACUGAGAAGUUGAUCUCAAAGUCUUUGUUCUUCAUCAGCACGGGUAGCAAUGACUUGUUUGGAUAUUACCAUUCAAACACUUCCUUCUCCGAGGAAGCUUUCCUAUCGUCUUUAGAACUUGCUUAUGAGAAGCACUUGAAGAGUUUGAUCGAUCUUGGAGCGAGAAAGUUUGGCAUUAUCAGCGUUGCCCCGAUUGGAUGCUGUCCAUCUCAGAGGAUUUACAAUACUACUGGGGGGUGUUUGGAAGAUUUGAACGAUCUCGCAAUCGCUUUUCAUGCAAGGUUGGAUGCCCUCUUGUUCAAGCUCAGCUCAGAACAUAAGAGCAUCAAGUACUCACUUGGAAAUGCAUUUGAGAUGACAAUAAAUGUCAUUCAGUACCCUCUUGCAUUCAAUUUUACUCAAGUGGAAGCUGCGUGUUGCGGAGCUGGGAAGCUCAAUGCUGAAUCCUUCUGUAGUCCAAAAGCCAAACUUUGCCCGAAUCGCAACAAUUACUUGUUCUGGGAUCUAUUUCAUCCAACACAGGCUGCUUCUAAGUUAGCAGCCGUAACCCUCUACAAUGGUGGACCACAAUUCGUAUACCCGAUUAAUUUCGCUCAGUUGGCCAAGGCUUAAGAGUAGCCAUUUUGACAUGAUCAAUUUAUCCCCAGAAGCACGCUAUUUUUGCCAACUUCUAAACUUUUGUUCUGUUAUAGUAUGGUUGUAUUAGAAAGAAAAAAAUAAUAACUGAAACUGAAUUGAUAAGUUAUGUAAGCAGAUCUUGAUUUUCUGCUUCUGAAAGAUUCAAUCAGUAAUAAAUAGCUCAUUAUGAAUAUCAGCAAAAACCCAAUUCCACAGAGAUAGGCAUGCUGCAUGGACUUUUCAGCUUCUUCCUGCUGUG